UUUCGGAUGCCCUGGGUCAAAUGGCCAUGUAAUCAUGGCAAUUCUAUCCAGAUUCUCACUUAAUUCUUAUUUAUUUCACAGAUGAGAGCAGCAGCCGCUAUCCCUCCAGCGAGCCCAACGCCAAUGACGUCACGAGUUGUGACGAGGCAUCCUCCGAGGUCGACGACCGCUUCGUUGACGAGAACAACGACCUGUUCGUCGACGAGAAUGACGUCAUGUUCAUGAUCUCAGUGUCGUGGAUCAUCCACAUCAUCAUCAGCUUCCAUCUCCUCUACUUCUUCACUGACAUCGCCAAGGCUUUGGAAAAUGAGGACGAUGAUGAUAGUGAUGAUGAUGUCGACGAUGAGGGAGCAGCAGCCGAGGUCGUUGAUGAAAGGAAGGCCGUCGUCGAGAGUUUGGAGACAAGCAAUCUCACUCCACCAGGCCAUCCAGACGAGGUCGUCUACGAACCGGACUUUGAGACCGAGUCUGAGACCGACAUCGACCAGCCCUCAACCUCUUACAAGCGAGACAAACACGCCACCUACGACUUCCUCGUCCAAAAGCGUUUUAUGGAUGUGUCGAGUGAUGAGUACAUCUGGUAGAGGGCGGCGCCCAUUGCAAGCAGGGUAGAGGGGUCGCCAAUGGCCAGCCGGGAAAAGGGGGAUACCGACCAGACGUGAAGAGGGGCACCCAUGGCCAGAAGUAAAGAUGGGCGCCCAUGGAAAAUUGGGAAGAGUGGUCGCCCGCAGCCAGACGUGUACAGGAGACGUCCAUGGUCAGACUGUUGAGGGGGCGCCCACAGUCAGACGAUCAGAGCGGACGCCCGCAGCCAGACAUGUAAAGGGGCGCCCAAGGAUAGACGAUAAGAGGGGUCCCUAUGGCCAAAUUUGUAUAAUGGGGCGCCCACGGAAAAAUGAGGUAGAUGGGGUGUCCAUGGCCAUACAUGUAGAGGGCUCCCACGGAGAGAAGAUAAGAUGGGGGCGCCAAAAGUCAGACGUGAAGAGGGGCGCCCACGGCUAGAUGAUAAGAGGGGCCCAUAGAAAAUGAAGUAGAUGCUUAUGGGGCGCCCACCGACAGACGAUAAGUGGGGGCACCUGCGACCAGACAUGUACAGGGGGCGCCCAUUGCCAAAUGUGUAAAUAGGGUGCCCAUGGAAAAAAAAUGGUAGAUGGGGCGUCCACAGAGAGAAGAUAAGAGGGGCGCCCACGGCCAGACAUGUAGAAGGGCGCCCAUGG